AAUAUUUUUUCUCUUAUAGGUUUACAAAUGAAGGGACAAAUAUAGGCAGGCAUCUUAGUUAUUGUCAUUAACUUUAUAAUUAUAUUUUUUUUCUGCCCUUUCUCCAGGACUAAUUCAGAUCCAAGUUUAAGUCUGAGCAGUAAUUAGCAACAGCAGUUAGAUGUAAUUGCACAUUUGCAAAUACCUUUGUGACUAUUCGUCUAGAACAAAUACAAAGAGUUGAAACUGAUUUUGAAUAAUGAUUUUAAAACGUCUGUAUUAAAUAUCACGUCCAAGUGAUAUAAAUGUCAUCUUCAAAAUCAAACAGAUUUUACUCCCGGCUUUUUAAUGGCCAACUAUGCAUCAUGAGAAUUCUGGGUAGUGGGGUCUUUCUUCCUUGUUAUUGUCACGUGAUGCUAACUGUAGCAGCAGCUCUGUAAACAGGCUUUGCCAGCUAGCAUGAUGCAGGGGAAGACUGUGAUAGUGACGGGAGCGAACAGCGGGAUCGGGAAAGCUACAGCAGCGGCGAUUGUGAAGCUCCAGGGCCGGGUGAUAAUGGCCUGUCGGGACCAAACCAGGGCUGAGGAGGCUGCCCAGGACAUCCGGCAGGAGACCGGGGCAGACAGCAGGCAGGUCAUGGUCAAACAGCUGGACCUGGCCUCCUUGAGGUCUGUGCGCUCCUUCUGUGAAGACAUUAUAAAGGAGGAACCUCUGCUACAUGUUCUGAUCAACAACGCUGGAGUCUACCAGUGUCCUUACACCAAAACAGAGGACGGCUUCGAGAUGCAGUUCGGGGUCAACCACCUCGGUCACUUCCUGCUUACCCACCUGUUGAUGGACCUCCUGAAACGCUCGGCGCCCAGCCGCAUCGUGGUGGUCUCCUCCAAGCUUUACAAACACGGUGACAUUAACUUUGAAGACCUGAACAGUGAGCAGUUCUACGACAAGGCCUUUGCCUACAGUCGCAGCAAACUGGCCAACCUGUUGUUCACCUGCGAGCUGGCCCGCCGUCUGGAGGGCAGUGGAGUAACAGCGAAUGCUCUGACUCCAGGCAUCGUGAGGACUAACCUGGGACGGCAUGUGCACAUUCCGGUUUUAGCAAAGCCCCUUUUUAACCUGAUCUCCCGGGGCUUGUUUAAAAGCCCGGAGGAAGGAGCUCAGACUUCAGUGUAUUUGGCCUCCAGCCCGGAUGUUGACGGUGUGCAGGGAAAGUGCUUUGCAGAUUGUAAGCCUAUGGAACUUCUGGAUAAGGCCACAGAUCAGGAAGUGGCAUCGAAACUGUGGGACAUCAGUGAAGUCAUGGUGGGCAUAACGACUUGAGAACCGUCUGAGACGUUCACGUUUUUUGUUGUUGUUUUUUUAGCAGGGUAAUAACUGAAGCUGAAAGAUAAUCAAUGCCUUGGUUACAAUUCCUUAACUUUUAGUUGUGGUGUUGAAAUGUCAAAAUGCUUUCUAUGUUUAUGGAAAUGUUUGUAUCCAUUAACAUAGUGGAUUGUUUGCAGCAUCUUGUGUCAGGUGCUAGAAUCUCUGUUUCAGUUCUUCUUUUAAUAAAUUCCUAAGAUCAAAUGUUUCUAAUGUAACCUUUCUAACAGAGCUGUAGUAAUGAGUGCCCUGAGUUUUACUAGAAGUUGGAGGCCUGUAGAUUUUUUUAAUACUUUCUCUGCAAUUUAUGUGUUAACCUUGAGAUAACAUUGCUGGGAUGUCCAUUCCUGUGAAGACUGACAGCUUUCUUGAACAUUUUAAAAUAUUUCUUUCUGUAAAAAAUGGACGUUAAAUACUUUGGAUAUCAAUCAACAGCAA